AUGCUUGAGCUUGACGAGCGGGAUGAGCUCCUCACCAACGGCUUCGCUACUUCGUUGCACCCUGGCGGACUUCAUAGAAAUGAUUCCACAAGCGACCACGUUCAUGUGGACGAUGCUGGCUGUUCAGAAGUGUUGAACUCUCACCCGCUGCGCAGGUCUUCAGUAUCAUGCACUGUGAAAGAUGUCGGUGAAAUACAAAUGACGUUGUCGGAUGAUGUUCCUGACUGCCCUUCUUCUAUCGAGCCGUCGGACGAUACCACAGAUAAUCUAGAUACCGCCAACCACCAUGACAUCGAUGACAUCCUACACACAGUUUCACCCGGCGACUCACUUGUUGCAAUCGCUCUACGAUAUGGCGUGUCUCUUUCAGCACUGCGGCAUGCAAAUCAGCUAUGGCCAUCAGAUCCAAUCGACCUCCGCACCCAACUCAUCAUACCUCGACAUCGUGUGCGUCAUACCAAGCGAAGAGCCGUUUCGCAAGCCACUUCUAGUAUUCAGAAGACUGACAUUAUCUCCUCAUCACCAUUUGAAUCUACUUCAUCGCUCUCGUCAACACUUCUCGCAGCAAGAGAUACUGUUUUGUCUGCUUUCCCUACGCGCAUCUCCAUAGAUUCCCUCAGCUCUCGCAUCAGCGCAAGAGAUGAGGAACUCGAGCUUGAAAAUUUACUCAAGCCUCGUCUGCAAUCUCGCACCUCAGAGAUGGAUUAUCCAAACACUCCUACCGCGCUUAGUGUCGAACUUGACACCUUGUCGCAUCCUCGACGCAGCUAUAUGCCAGCGCAUGAUAUGACCUCGCUACUUGACCAUGGCCCCCCACCACUAUCAUGUCAACAAAUUCGCAAUUUCACAUCAGAUCCCACUAUCAAACCAUUUGCAUCUGGUCGCCUUCAAACGUCCAAGCACAGUUCCCCCGCACCUGUAUUUGUUCCCGUGCGCAUAUCCCAGCUAGAGCCGGAACCUGCAAUGGAACUACCAGCGCUUAAAAAACCCAAGUAA